UCGGUGACUUCUUUAUAAAGAGUGUUCAACAAUCAACAUUUCUAGAAUACCAUCUAGCAAGCAUAGAAACUUUGUGGCUUGAAAUGGAUUUUUUCAUGCAAUCUUUGUUACUUACUUUGCUCACCUUGGUUGCAUCUAUCUUUGUUUUGCAGAAAAGAAGAAAACUACUAGUACUAGGUAGCACUAAAAGCUUGCCCCCAGGUAGCUUUGGGUGGCCCCUAGUGGGUGAAACCUACCAAUUUUUGUUCAACAAGAUUGAACAUUUCCUUCAAGAGAGGGUUCAAAAGCACUCCUCAGAGAUCUUCCACACACACAUUCUUGGAGAGUCAACAGUAGUUCUUUGUGGCCCUGGAGCAAACAAAUUUGUCUCCACCAAUGAGACAAAGCUUGUCAAGGUCUCGUACAUGAAAACUCAGCGCAGGUUCUUCAUCAUUCCUGAUCAAAGACAUGCACCUAUGCCAAAACCAACACAAGAAGCUGCAUCUGCUGCUCCUGUGAAGAUCUUGGGGAUUCUGAAACCUGAGGGAAUAUCUAGGUACAUGGGGAACAAGAUUGAAUCCACCAUGAACCAACAUUUCAUUACACACUGGGAAGGAAAAAAAGAAGUGAAGGUGUACCCCUUGGUGAAGGCCUUUUCCCUUACACUUGGAUGCCAAUUCUUCUUAGGAAUUGAUGGACCAAAAUUUGCCAGUGAGUUUGAGAACUUGUAUUUUGGUAUCUAUUCUGUUCCUGUGAAUUUUCCAGGCUCCACAUACCAUAGGGCACUGAAGGCUGCAGCUGCUAUAAGGAAAGAGAUCCAAAUUCUGAUCAAAGAGAAGAUCGAUGCUUUGUCCAAGGGGCAAGUUGUGGAUGACCUAAUAGCACACGUAGUUGGUGCUGAGCAGGAUGGAAAAUAUGUGCCAAGACUUGAAAUAAGUAACAUCAUCAUGGGGUUGAUGAAUUCCAGCCACAUGCCAAUAGCUACUACCCUGGCUUUCAUGAUCAAACACAUUGGACAGAGGCCUGAUAUCUACCAAAAAAUCUUAUCCGAGCAUGCUGAUAUUACAAUAUCCAAAGGAUCCGGUACUGCACUAGAUUGGAACAGCAUACAGAAAUUGAAAUACACAUGGGCUGUUGCACAAGAGACCAUGAGACUCUACCCAACUGCACCAGGUGCAUUCAGAGAGGCAAUAACAGAUAUAACCUAUGAAGGUUUUACUAUUCCAAAGGGGUGGAAGAUCUUUUGGGCAUUUAUUGGAACAAAUAAGAAUCCAAAGUACUUUCAUGAACCUGAAAGUUUUGAUCCCUCAAGGUUUGAAGGGAAUGCUCCUGUUCCAUACACUUGGUUACCCUUUGGAGCUGGACCAAGAACUUGCCCUGGAAAAGACUAUGUACGGUUUGUGGUCCUCAAUUUCAUUCACAUUCUCAUAACCAAGUUCAAGUGGGAAGCUAUACUUCCUGAUGAGAAGGUUUCAGGUUCUUCGAUACCUAUCCCAGCAGAGGGAAUUCCUAUACGUCUUCAUCACUACUAAGUUUUCAUGAGUGCAUAUAUUGCGAAGUUUGAAGAAAAUCUUUGGGUGUAUAGUUUAUCUAUCAGUGCAGAUUACAUGGAGAAUAUGACCAAUAUCAUAAUAAAGGUGACAAAUGCCCCAAAGAAAAGGUAAAGUUGGUUAUACGAUUAUAUGUCUAAAUGUAAUGUGUUGAUAAUGUAAUAAGAAUAUUCUCAAUGUAUUCUAGUCAUUUUCUAGAGGGAAAAAAAGUGAUGUUAAGUAGCUAUUAUCAUUUAACAAUAUUAAUAAGUCAUGGUCCAUCCGUACGUGCAAAAUCCUAUUAAUAAAAGAGAUG